CAGCGACAAAGGGAUUCAUGAGAAAGAUACGGUCGAACGAUGCCAAGAUAUCACCAAGCUCUACUGUUGUGGUUUCCGACACUUCUCUGCAGCAGCAUCAGUCGUUCCAAGAACUCACCAGUGUUACUGAAUCGGAUGAUUCGAGCGAGCAGGAUGACAUAUGGUCAUCUACUCACAGCAGUAGACUGGCAAGCCCGGACGAUAAUCUGACAGGAAAGACAUCAAUCGACUCUCGUAUUUCUGGGUCACCCUCAGCAAAAGGAAGCCCAAGGAGGAAAUUGAGUCGUCGGAGUCGCUGGACCAGAUCUAGCCCAGAAGGCGCAGGGCUGGGGACCAUCGAAGAAACGGCGACGGACAAGCCGAAGCCAACCAUUGUGACAGUGGAAAAAGCUGCUGCUGCCAAGAUAUAUCUCGAGACUCACUUUAAUGAGCUCUGCGGUGAAUCACAGCGCCGCUUAAUCAGAUGUCAGGAGUUUGCAGAGCGGCAGUUCAAAGAAGGUCUUUUUUAUGGCCCGAACCUCGCCUCUGGGAAUAGUGCCGUUGACUACAGCACCUUCUAUUACUCAGAGAGCUGUCGACUGAGAGACAUACGGGCGUUGAAGUCCAAAUGCACGCUUCAGGCCAAACAACAAAACGUAAGCCCCUUUGUGUCCAAGUAUGAGCCGCUCAAGGUAUUGGGCAAAGGCAGUUUUGGAGUUGUCAGGCUAGUACGUGAAAAAUCAGCUUCGCCGUAUAAUUUCUCCAAUCCAAUCUAUGCGAUGAAAGUCAUACGAAAGUCCGAUAUGCUUCGAAGCAGCCAAGAGGGCCAUCUCCGCGCCGAGAGAGACUUUCUCGUUUCUUAUGAAGGAUCCACCUGGGUGGUCCCGCUGAUUGCAAGUUUCGAAGACAUGUCAAAUCUAUAUCUUGUGAUGGAGUAUAUGCCAGGUGGCGACUUUCUGGGGCUGCUGAUUCGAGAGAACAUAUUGCACGAGGCUGUAGCGUGCUUUUACAUUGCUGAAAUGAUUCUGGCCGUUGAAGAAACCCAUCGCCUUGGGUUUAUCCACCGUGAUAUCAAGCCUGACAACUUUCUCAUCUCCAGUUCGGGACAUCUUAAAAUCUCCGAUUUUGGGCUUGCGUUUGAUGGAAAGUGGCCUCAUGACGCGUCAUAUUACAAUUACCAUCGAUACGCACUGCUUCGGAAGCUCAACCUUGAUGCACAAGGCGAUGAAAAAGACCAGGAAGACUGCAAAAGCGUUCAAUCGCAGGUCGAGAAAGCUCAAGCCCUGGCUGCUGAAUUUGGGCGACAUGACGAGCGGAACCUAGGAAGCGAUCCCGAUCUCGCUGCUAUUCUAGGGUGGAGGAACACGCGGAGCAAUCGUACGAGAGCCAACUCUGUCGUGGGCACAAGUCAAUACAUGGCCCCCGAGGUGAUUCAAGCACAAAACUUCCAGACCUACUACGACGACGAAGGCAGGAAGCCUACAAAGCAAAAUAUCUUGGCUCACAGAGAAAAUUUUCGCUUUCCCAUGAGACCUCUCGUCAGUGAUAGAUGCAAAGACUUAAUCUACCGCCUGAUUCAGGACAAGGAAGUACGACUCUGUUCCAAACGAUACCAGAUGCUUGAUCAUCAUCAACCAGGAGCAGCGGUAUCAACCGACAUGUAUGGCAGAUACAUUUUCCCCGACGACGCCGAAGACAUCAAGGCGCAUCGGUUCUUCAAAAGCGUGCCGUGGGAUACCCUUCAAAACACAGCACCACCAUUCGUCCCUCAUAUUGACAGCCUUGAAGACACUCACUACUUUGAUGAAUCAGAACCCCUUGAUGAUCGAAUUGAGUCGGUGGCUGAGAAGCCUGGGCUAACAGAUGAAGAAGUUCGGUGGAUUUUGCGAGAGUUUAGACCGAGCAUACAGAACGUGGCGAUUCGGAUGAUUCACGCCCCAUAUGAUUCAGGGGCUCUCCGCAGCAGGGACUUGGAGAUUGACUCGGUGAGUACGUUUCUGGACGAAGAGAAGGAGCUUUUAAAGAGGUUCAUGAGGGAGUACGGGCGGAGAGUACCCAAGCGACCACGAGACAUUAUUCUACGAGACGAUAACAUGAAGGGUACUGCCAUGAAGGUAAGAAAGCAGAGCGCCUUUAUGGGUUACGAAUGGCAUAGCGUGAGGAAGAAGGCAUAUUGAAGGACGGAUUGAUGAGUUGAAGCUCCUAUCCUUUGACGGAACUUGGCGGGGUGGAUGGGAGAUGCUUUGACCAGCGAAUAAAAC